AUGCCACCACCCGCCAAGUCGCCCGCCGCCGAAGCGCGUGCCGUCGUCGCCGCCUCUCUGUCGGCGACGAGUCAGCUCUCCGCGGCCGUGUCGAAGCUCGACGCGAAGGCCUGUAAGGCCUUCGUCUCCGACCCCUGCGGCCUCCGGCUCCUCACCGCUCAGCUUCACGCAGGCGGCAAGUCGCAGGCGGCAAGCGACGCUGCAUGCGCCCUGUGGCACCUGCAAGACACGUGCGCAGAGCUCGAUUACGACAUCGGUGAUGAGAUCGCUGAGGUUGGCGCAAUCGAGCCUCUCGUGCACAUGCUGUCCGCCGCCUCCGACUCCGCCGCCGCCGAGAACGCGGGGGCUGUGCUCAACCGCCUGACCGUCUACCGGAGUGGCGAGGACGUCGGCACGCUGCGCGGCUGCGGUGCGCUCCAGGCGCUGCUCGGCCUGCUGCGCCGUGGCGUCCGGCUGCUCAAGCGAGGGUCCGAGGCGAGGGCGGUGACGGAGGCGGUUGGCACCCUCGCCAAUCUGAUCGAAACCUCAUCCAUGCGCGAGGCGGUCUCCGAUCCGGAGGAGGGGGCGGUCACCGAAGCGGAGGCGACCGGAUUCGUCAAAGACGUCGUCGACCUGCUUCGGCACGGCAGAAACUGGGCGGUCUUGCACUCGCUGAAAGCGCUCUACUACCUGACCACUUUCGACGCACGCUUCACCGACCGUACGCUGCGAGCGGUGGUGGAGGCCGGGGCGAUCGACGCGAUCCUCAACCUGUUGCGCAAUUGGGAUUGUUCGGACAGUGAGGACUGGGGCGAGUUCUGGCAGCUGCACGUCUAUGUCGAGCUCGCAGAAGAUGCCGUGGGCGACGGUAAGUACGUCGAUGCCGUCGACCUCGCCGUCAGUGUGCUGGACACGCUGAGCGACCCCGCAAACAAUGACUGCACGGUCUCGGGGCGCCCCAUCCCGCACCUUGUGCUGGCUACGCUCGGCGUGCCGUUGCGUGACCUCGUGCCGGUGUUCGAGUCGAGCGCCCGGGCUGCGAGGGUGUGGCUGAAACUCAUCAGCCGCAGCUGCACCGUCCACGCGCAGGAGCUGGCCGACGCCGAGACAGCCGACGAGUUGCGGUCUGCGCUUGACCGCGGCUUUGGCGCAGGAGCGGAUCUGCUCGCCCCAGAGCCGUACCGGCGCGGCCGGGAGCGGCUGGAGGCGCUGGAGAAGGCCGAGAAGCGGCGCGAGCGGUGCGAGACGCUCGGCCUCCGCGCCGUGCUCACCCCCGACGAGUUCCUCUGCCCGAUCAGCAAGGGCGUGAUGCGCGACCCCGUCGUCGCCUCGGACGGCCACUCCUACGAGCGCGUCGAGAUCUCGCGCGUCCUGCAGAUAUACCCGAGCAGGAGCCCGCUGACGCGAGAGCGGCUGGGGCCGCACCUGUACCCGAACCGCGCGCUCCUUGCGCGCAUCGCCAACCACGAGGUCGGGGCGGAGGUCAUCGACGGGCUCGAGGAGGCGAUGCAGCUGGGCGCCGCGUCGGCGCAGGCGGCCUCGCCGCCCUCGGAGCACGGCGCGGUCGCUCCGUCGGGCGGGCGCAAGCGGCGCACGGCGGCGUCGCCAGGCACGCGCAGUGCGCAGAAGAAGGGCUGCCGCCCGAAGAAGGCGGCUUCGCGGUCGGGGGAGUGA